GAGUUGCCGUUUCCUGUGGCAGUCAGGAAACGCACCGUUUCAGCAAGCCUCAUUCUCUCUGACUCUGAGCGAGAUUCACAUCGUUUUGUUGGCUCCGAAAACAUGUUGGCAGCAACACUCUCUUUCCCUUGUUACGCAAAGCCCAGACGUCUAACAAUCAGGAAUUCUGUAACGAAUUUCUCUAAGUGCAACUCUCUGAAGCUCAGAGCGUCUCUCUCUGACUAUCCCCUUGCAAGCAGAAUCAUGGUUAGAAAUUUACCAUAUUCAACCAGUGAAAGUAGUCUGCGUCAGGAAUUUUCAAAUUUUGGCGAGAUUGCUGAAGUGAAGCUAGAAAAGAAUGGAGCCAGAAAGUGGUCAAAGGGGUAUGCAUUUAUUCAGUAUACUUGUCAAGAAGACGCCAUGCUAGCCCUAGAAAAUAUGGAUUACAAGAAUUUUGAUGGCAGGGUGAUUUAUGUUGAGCUGGCAAAGCCUGGGGGCAAUGCCUUUGGAGGACGCCCAAGAACCUCUGGACCCCCAAAGGUGCAGCAUUUGCAGGAGCAAGAUGAGGUGCCAGAUUGCUGGUACUAACCAAUUUGUUUUGGAUUAAACCAAGAAUAUAGGGAAAAAGAACAAAAACCAGUUGGGGAGCUGCAGCACUUGUAAUUUUCUCAUUCUUAGUGAUAAAAUGGUAUAUUAAUUUAAUAUAUACAAUAUGUUUUGUA